AUGAAAAAUGACAACUUAAUUCACAAGAAUAACACAUGGGUCUUAAAUAAUAACAAACAAAAUAAUGGUGUCACUAAGAAAAAAAGCCGUAUCGAAUAUUUAGCAUUAUUAGGGAAAGAAAAAGAUUUUAACAAAGAAAACAAUUCUCAAAACGACGAAGAAAUUGAACCAACUGAUAUGUAUAUUUACACAAAUUAUGGCGUAGAAAAGGUUUCUAUAAAUACAUCCUCAAAUGAUAAAAAAAAUGAAGCGAACAAAAGCAAUAGAUAUCAAUAUUUAAAAGAAAAAAUAAAUAAUGCUGUAAAACAUCAAGAAAAAUUAAAAAAUGAACAAAUUGAAGAGCAAAAUAAUUCAAUAAAUCACGAAGAAAAUAAUGUUAAUGAUAUUUUCGUUUUUGAUAGGAAUAAAAACGAAAUUAAUAUAAUAAAUACCAAUGACAUCUCGAAAACGAAUAAUAAAAAUGAGAUUGAUGAUGGUAUUUCAAUUGCUUUAGAUAAUUGUAAAAAUAUAUCUGAGAUUUGUACUUCUCAAAAUGUUUUCUUCCAAAGUUGCGACAACAAGAAUGAGGAAAGUGGACACAGUAACAAAAGCAAAAUGAAUAUAUUUUAUGAUACAUCCUCUGAAAAAAAUAAUCAUAUUGAUAAAAGAAUAGAAGAAGUUUUCCAAUCAGAAAAAAUCAUUUCCAAAACAAUUGCAAAUCAUAAGAACAAAUUAAAAACAAAUAAUAUUUCUGUGAAUAAUCAAGAUAAUAAGGAACCUAUUGAAGUGGUGUCUAUAAAAAAUAAAGAAAAUAACAUAAUGCCUAUAGGAAAAGGUAAUGAAAGUUUCAAAGAAGAUUAUCCAAACAAUAAUUGUAAUAAUAGUGAUAAAUAUUACGACAGCGAUUCAAAAAGUAGACAAAGUUAUAACUGUGAAAACAAUUUUAAUGUACAUAAAGAAAUUAAUUCUCUUAGCAAUAAAAUGCAAAAUUUGAAUAAAUUAAUUGAAGAAAUAAAUAAUAAAAAACAUGUGAAAAUAAAUAUAUUAAACAAUAAAAUAAGUUCUUUGGAUAUUCGGAUGUAUGAAAAUCAAACUAAUAAUAUAAAUAAUGAAAUAAAUAUUUUAAAUAGUAAAAUUUAUAACUUAUAUAAUGAAAAAAUUAAUAAAAUAUAUGAACAAAUAACACAGAAUAUUCAUGAACUAAAUAACCAAAUAAUCAAGGUUAUAAAAAACGGGGAAUAUAAUGAAAUAAUUAAAAGUUUUAAUAGUAAAAUACAUAAUCAAACAGAUAACAUAAAAAUGCAAAUUAGACAUUUACAAGAUCAAGUAGAUAAUUAUUUGCUUAUGCAAAAAAGCGGUAAUUUAUUUAAUAAAAUAAAUGAUUGCAUAAACAAUCUAAAUAACCAAAUAGAAAGCUCUGUCUUAAAAAAUGAAUUUUUACGUCAUAAAAGAAAUGUAAAUAAAACUUUUAAUGAUAAUAAUAAUGAAACGAAAGGAAUAAUAAAUGUUGAAGUGCAUAAUUAUAGGGAUAGACAAAACACCGAUGUGUCGAAUAAAAAAAAUAAGUUUAUGAAUAAUUGCAAUGAUAUACAAUAUGAUCAUAAAAAAAAACGUAAGGUAAAUGAAAGUAAUCAUAUAUCUGACGAUGACAACAAUGGUAAACAAAGCUUAUCAAUAGAAAAAUGCAUUAACAAAUAUAACCACAUUGAAAAUACUAAUAAUGUCUAUAACAACCAUACUAUACAAAAUACAGACGCUGUAUAUUCGGAUAAAAAUGAGAACAACGAUUAUAAUAAACUAUACAAUGAUGAAAAAUUCUUAUAUUUAAAAAAUAAAUUGAUUGAAUUAAAAAAAUCAAAAAUGGAACAAAAGUUACUGAGUAAUAAAAAUAGUGUAGAUAAAAGAGAAAAUAUGAAUAUUGCAGAAACAAAAGACACUUUAGAUUAUACAAACAAUGCAAAUAAAAACGAAUGUACAGUACAACUUAGAAAUAACAAACAGUUUAAUUAUAUUAACAUAGAUAAUAAUUUUAAACCCAUUACUUCUCAAAAUGAAGGUAAUGAUAAUAGAAUUAGUAGCCAUAAAAGUAGUAGUACUAGCAAUACUUACAAGAGUGAAAAGGACGAUCUAAAUUGUGGAGUUCAACGUUCUCAAAAUAUAUCUAUUCAACCUCCAUGUGAAAAUUGUCAUAAUUAUUACGAAUAUAAUAAAAAACAUAAAGAUAUACAAAAUAAUAAUAUAUAUAACUGUGCACCCAAUAACGAAAAAAAAUCUCAUGAUAUUGUGUCCAUGUUUAAAAAAAUGCUACUUAAUAGUAAUAAACAUAAAACCCAUGAAAUUGAGGUGGACAUCCCCGACGAAACCUAUGAACUAAAUAAUUUGUUUCCCCCCAAAACUGAAGUAAAUAAUUUAAGUAAUUUACAACAAAAUUAUAAUUUUCUUACAAAUAAAAAUCCAAAUGGAAAUACUAUUCCACCUCAACUUAAUACUAGUAAUGAUUUCGAAAAAAGUUGCGAUAGUACCCACAAUUGGGGUCGUGGGCAUGUUAUUCCAACUAUUUUCACCACAAGCAAUAAUAACAAUGGUAAUAGUAUCGAUUAUUCAAAAUAUACAUCGGUACCAAAUAUCUUUACUAUGGAUCAAAUGUACAAAUACACUGCUAAUUAUUAUAAUGAUACCAAUAAAAAAUAUAAAUGGAACGAUGACCACGUCGUUUUAGAAGAAACUAAUAAGGAGAAACAUGAUGAUCUCGAUUUGAAUUCUAAUAAAGAAAUAAACAAAAAUAAUUUGAAGCAAAAACAUAAUAUUCUAAAUUUUGAACAGGUCCCAUAG